AAGAAGAGCGGCUCGUCCGCCAGCCGGAUCGCCGAUGCGCGAUUCGCCGAUUUCGAGACCGAUCCCCGAUUUCGGCUGCCAUCGAAGAGGCAGACCAAGACGACAAUCGACAAGCGAUUCGCGCACAUGCUCACGGACAACGAGUUUACUGCCACUGCCAAAGUUGAUCGAUACGGCCGAAAAGUAAAGUCGGAUUCCAAGAAGAAGGCUCUUCAGAGGCUAUACCGCCAGGAAGAUGAGGAUGAGGACGAGGAGGAGAAGGAGGAGGAUAUUGAGGUUGACGAUGACGAGGUGGUUCAGAGGGAGCUGCGUAAGGCGCAUGAGAAAUACGACCCUGCGCGUGGCGGUGGCUUCUCUUCUUCCGAAUCGGACUCUGACUCUGACGAUGAGUCUGAUUCUGAUGAGGAGGAGGGUGGCGCGCAAGUUGACGCUGAGGGAGACAUGCAGCGCUUCCAGGAUGAGCAGAAUGAGGUUGAGGCUGGAGAAGUGACGAACCGAAUCGCCAUUGUCAACCUUGAUUGGGAUCAUGUCAAGUCUACCGAUCUGAUGGCUCUUUUCAACAGUUUCCUCCCCGAGAAUGGAGGCAGCAUUGAGAAGAUUUCAGUCUACCCCAGCGAGUUUGGCAAGGAGCGCAUGCAGCAGGAGGAAGUUGAGGGACCCCCGAAGGCAUUGUUCAAGGACUCCAAGGGCGACAACUCGGAUGAGGAUUCUGACGAGGACAGCGACGAGGACAGUGAAGAUGGAGAUGAGAAGAUCAAGAACGCCCUGCUACAGGAGGGCGAUGACCAAGACUUUGACAGCGAUGCGCUCCGAUCCUACCAGCUCGACCGUCUACGCUAUUAUUACGCCGUCAUGGUCUGCUCAAGCCCAUCGGUUGCGCAGAAGCUGUAUGAGGCUGUUGAUGGACGAGAGUACCAGUCUUCCUCCAAUUUCCUCGAUCUUCGAUUUGUCCCCGACGACGUCACUUUCGAUGACGAGCCCCGAGAUGAAUGCGACAAGGUGCCCGACUCUUAUACCCCCAUCGAGUUUGUCACCAAUGCUCUGCAGAGCUCCAAGGUGAAGCUCACUUGGGACAUGCACCCAGAGGAGGUGUCGCGCAAGGAGUCUAUCAACCGUGCUUUCACUGGUAAGCGCGGCGAGAUUGAGGAGAACGACCUCAAGGCCUAUCUUGCUAGCGACAGUGAAGACGAGGAUGAUGUGGAGGAGGAGGUUGCUGAGGAAGAGGGAGCGGCAGAGGAUGAACCCAAGCUUUCCAAGAAGGAGUUGGCGCGUCGAAAGAUGCGAGCAGCCCUGGGCUUGUCUGAGGAGCCCACCAAGUCUUCCAAGAAUGCACCUGUAGGUGACAUGGAAAUCACCUUUACGCCCGCCCUCACAGAAUCCGCCCCCAAGAAGGAGGCUGCGGAGGAGACAACAAUCGAAAAGUACAAGCGAAGGGAAAAGGAGCGAAAGGAGAAGAAGCGCGAAAAGGCUCGAGCCAAGCGAGAAGGCCGUGACCCUGAGGAAUCGGACGAGGAAGUUGUAGAUGCGCCAGCCGCUGAGACAGAGGACCUUGGUUUCGACGAUCCUUUCUUCACUACUGCCGAUGAACCUGCGGCAGUAUCAAAGACUUCCAUUCGUAAGGAAGAGCGUCUCAAGAAGCGUCAAGCCCGCGAGGCUGUAGAAGCCGAGUCCAAGGCGCAAAAGUCACAGCUAGAAAAGGUCAUGGCCGAGGACGCAGACGACAACCAAGUCGCGCACCUGGACCACUUUGACAUGAACGAGAUCAUCAAGGCCGAGAAGAACAAGAAGAAGAAGGGCAAGGCCAAGAAGCGAGCCGAAGCCAAGGAGUCUCGCGGCGGUCUGCAGGAGGAUUUCAAGAUGGAUGUUGCAGAUGACCGUUUCAAGGCUGUGUUUGAGAGCCACGAGUACGCUAUCGAUCCAUCGAACCCCAAGUUCAAGGCUACAGAGGGUAUGCAGCAGUUGCUUGAGGAGAGCAGGAAGAAGAGGAGGGGUGCGGAUGAUGGUGAGGAACCGAGGAGCAAGAAGGUGAAGAAGGGACGGAGGUGA